AGCACGUUGCGAUGUCAAAUUGGAAACGUGUGCAAAAUCUAGGGAAAAGUGUGUGUCUGACUUGAAGCUUGCAUAAUGUCUAUUCAAGGUCGCGAUCUUCAGACUAUGUUGCUUGCCCAUUCUAUCCUGAACCUUGGCUACCCUGCCUCAAAGUUCCCGCCUAAUGACGUUUAGAGUAUAAAUGGAACACUUUGGGUGGGUGGAACAACAGCAAACCCAAAUUCGUACAGGCCCAAUCGUCAUUUUGAGCAAGAAAUCGCCACGGAUCAUUCAUCUCUGCCAGUCAACCAUCUAGUGGUGAGCGAAUUUGAGGCCCACUCAGAAGAGGCCCUUUACAAUGUUCGCCUGAGUACAAGCUCGUUUGAUCAUACAGAGCUCUUUAUGACUUCCACCUGAGCUUGGAGCGACAACGAAACCCGCCCUCACAAAGGUAGAAUUGCUAUUGGAAGAUGUCAUGCUUGAAUGCUACUUCCUCCGGAGUCUCUUUUGGCUACGUUCUAACUCGGUGGCAAUGGUGGAUAUCGUACUAGUUGGUGGAUGGGGCAGCUCCGCGGCGUUCUUUGCCCCCUCGUUGAGUCCGUCAGUCGCUCUUUGGCAGUACAGGUGAAUUUGUCAGCCUGUGGAGAUCUCCCAACACUGCUGAACACUGAACUGAACACUGAAAACUGAAAAGAGCGUGUGAAGCAAUGAUACAGAGCUCGGAGCGGGAGAAAAAGGCCGUACCGUCGAUGAAUGCGAGUGUCACACAUUGUUCCGCUCGGUGUGUAUCAAGUGUACCAAGUGUAGACGAACGACUCUGCGUCCAUGGGUGCGUUUUCACCAAUUUCACCCCAGUCCACAGAUCUGCGGUGAAGUAGCUUCGUCUCUCAUGGAGGCCAUUGAGGAAGCCAGCAGCUCCUCGUCAGAGUCUUCAACGUCUUCCAGGUCGACCUCCAAAGCUCAAUCUCGGGCAGCUGUUUCUGAUCAAAGUGGAGACAUCACCACGGGAUCCACCACCAAGACGUCCUUUUUGUCUGUAUCAUCCUCCUCUUCCCCCUCGUCGUCGUCGUCGUCGAAUCUCCUUCUCUUGUCGGUGGCUAACUUGGAGGACAGAUCUCUUCCCAAUUCGAAGGAAUCAAAUUACCAAAGCCAUGUCAGAGGGCAUCAUCCAACUUGUGAUAACAAAUACCCGAGUGAACAAGUUGGUGGUGGUGGGAUUUCAGACUUUGAUGUGAAGCCAGAGCAGUGCUGCCUCACUCUCAAUCCAAGUGAACCCUCCUCAUUGACCUCGAACUCGUCGUCGACGUCAAGCACUUACUCGUCAUCCUCCGAAGGGGAACGAGAACUGAACCUCAACCAAAGAAAGGCUUCCCAAUUGAGGAUGGCACAGAUCAUGGAUAGCGCCUCAUCUUCAACCUCGUCUCCGUCCACAUCCAUGGCCAAUAAUAAUGUGCAAGAAAAUGACAAGGGCGUGUCAAGCCCCAUGUCCGGCGGGCAUCUCGAAGUGGAACUCAAGUCUGCCAAAGACACGAUCAAAUUAAAAGAUUUGGAAAUUGCCAAGUUGUCUCGCAUUCGACAAGAUGUCGAGUCAGAAUUAGAAGACCUGACCGCCUCGUUGUUCGAGGAGGCUCACAAGAUGGUGCGUGAUGCCAACGUCAAGCAGGCCUCGGCUGAGAAAGUGGCCGCCGAGGCUCACAUGAAAAUCGAAGGCCUCGAGACCGAAGUGGCGGCUUUGAAAACACUCGUCCUCACAUCCACCCCGUCACAACCCAACAAGCACUUGCAUCCCCAACUUGACCCCAAGAGGUCCAAGAAGAAGUCCAAAGUGGACCUCGGCACCAUUUCCCCGCCCAGUUCGGCGCCCAGCUCCAAAUCGAACUCGUUGAAUCGAGGCUGUCAAUUGGAAAGUGGCUCCUACAACUGUUCCGGCAGUACGAGCUCUAAUUCCAUUAGCUUGGGCGGCGGCGACCACGACGACGAUGUCGAUGGGGGACACACUCAUCAACCCAUGAAGCUCAUCGACCCGAUCCUGCGCAAGGAGUUCAUCUCGUGGAAGAAGACGCCCACCCUGGAGACCACCCAUCCGUUCAUGGAGCGGAUCUACCAGGAAGACAUCCAUCUUUGUUUAGCGUUCGUGAACCGUGACUUGUCCAAGCAAGUGUUGGCCGCCAUUCAAGCUAAUACCGUGUGUCUCGACCCUGUCAAAGACUUUUCCAACGUCCCUCGGGAUUGUGCUCUGCUCCAGAGUCCGGUGCUGUGUAAAUAUGUCCUGAAAUUGAACCUGGGCCAUGAAGAGGAUCACUUCAUUUCCCAAUUAGCGCGCAAUCGCAUUGCCUCGGUGUGUGAUUGUAUCAACUACUUGCGUUACAUCGUUCAAGGCUUAGUCAAAUCCCACGUGAAUGACGUCUAUUGGGAAGUCAUGCAUUUGAGGGGAAAAAUGGCGUUAGCUCGGUUAGGCUUCUCGCCUGAUUAAUGAUCGGCCAAACAAAAGGCCAAAAGAACAAGCCCCUGAGCGGCUCCACCACCAUUACCAAUUCACAUAUGUAGUCUACAGCAAUCUCCUCUUAGGGUGUCUCUUCCUCCUUUGGCGACCAAUUCAUUUGGCUUUCGAAACCAAGAUAAGAAGAAGAAGAAGAAGAAGAAAAAAAAAACACAAACCCCAUCAUCUUCCAUUGCUUCCUUCCUGCCGAGAUUUUCGCUUGGCAAAGGAACUCGUUUUGAUGCAUCGUUUAGAGAUGACUGAUUAUAUUUGAGAGGGGAAGCUCUGUUCCUCUCUUUUUAGAUGAUAAAUAGUCCCUCGCUUUUGCUCAAUGUCCUCUCCCAACAUCCUAGGCGUCUUCCCAAUUCCAGUUGAAUCUCUAUUGAGCCCACAUUUCUAAAUACUCCUAGUUCAUCUGUGAUCAUUCGUCAUAUAGACAAUGGAAAUCUCUCUUUUCAACUCGAUUUCUAGCAAUUCUCUUUCAAAGACCAUGGUGUACAUUCGUGAAUAA